AUGAACAAGCACCUUUGGACUUGUCUAUUUAUUAUCUUUAUCCAUCUUAUACCAACUACACUUGCCAAUUCACAUGCAAAGGUUCCCACCUACGUUGCCACCGGCCGCAUGCCAUCCCAACCUAUUCCAUUGGGCCAAAUCACAGACAACUACGGCAAUGUCAUUGAUGACUGCAAUCCCUCCACCCUACCUCAACCCGUCCCCACUCAACCCACUCUACCUCAACCUAUCCCCACACAGUCCACUCCAUCGCAACCUAUACCAACCCACUUCAUCCCUCACCCUCACCCCCACCCUCACACUAACAACUACCUCGAUCCGGAAUACUUUAAUGAGCCCCACUAUUCCCUUAGUCCCAGGACUACCAAUCCCACCCAUAGACACAUUAUCGUCCCAACUUACCACACCAAACACUCCCUCUGGUCCUUUACCUUCUACAUCAGCACUGUUAUAGCCGCCGGCAUCUACUCGAUCACUACUAGUCCCAAUCUUGAAUCCCUUUUAUUUACCAUAUUCAUCUUCUUCCUUAUUUUCAUAAUUACACUUGGCAUCUAUGCCAAAACCCAACCUGCUUUCAAAUUCCGCUUCAUCUUCACUACUAUCUUUUGUUUCUGGAACAUAGCCUAUGCCAUUCUCUACUACUUCUCCCUUAACCCAAUUCAUCAACUAGUCCCCCUUCUUUUCACCCUUUUCAUCGUUUUCUGCUCCUCAACCACCUUUUUGAUCUCACUUCUCACCCAUCACUCUCUAGUCAAACACUUCACCCUCCACCAAUUACUCAGAAUCAAAAGAAUUCUUCUACUUAUCUUUAUUAUCUUUUCUAUCCUCUUUCUUUGCACAAAGUACACAGCCCAUAUCUAUGAACACCCCCAUCUAUACACACAUAUCAUUCUUUUACUUAAAAGAUCUACCUUAGCCGUUGCUUUUGGCUUUUAUCUUUUUUACUAUCAUCUUGAACAUAACUAUGCCUUGCGCGAAUCAAAACCUUUAUACAAUCUUUACAUUAUACUCUUCCUAAUUGCUUUAGCCUUGCUCUAA